AUGACAUCAAUUCCGCUGCUCUCCAAGCUUGGUUUAAUUUAAACCAAAACUGCGAUUCCGACACGCCAAAGUCGGAAAGCGCAAGUGGAGGAAAUCUCGACAUGGACACGCCGUCGGCGCAAGAGCAGGCGCAAGAGCAAGAGCAGGCGAGCUCAAUCGAGAAAAUCAAGACGCUGCUCGCUGCACACGACGACACAUCGCGCUUCGUCGGACUGGCCCUGCUCAAGUCGGUGCUCGACAACUCGCCCGACCUUCGACAGCAUAAGCAUGAGCCUAUCAUUGUCGCCCUCUGGGAGAGCAUCCCACCAAAGUUCCUCGACCGCCUGAUGCGCACCGCCUCCCGCCAAAAGAAACCACAAACAACUCAGACCCAGAAACAGAGAGGCGAUGCCCGAGACAUGCUCGACCUGGCCGUCGCCGUGCUCCACACAUUCACGGCCCUGCUGCCCGACCAGGCCAAGAGAGACGCCAGGCUCGUCGGCCGGAUCCCCCAGCUCGUCGCCUGUCUCGUGCACAGUUCAGACGACACUACCCGCCUAGCGCUCGAGACACUCCUGAGCCUGGCCAGCCAGCCAGAGGGCGCCCGCGUCUUGACGGCCGUCGACGACCUGGCGCCCCUGACCGAGAUCGCCCCGUCGCAGCCCCUCGCGCUGGACACGCUCUCGCACGCCUUUCUCACUGCCAUGACUGCCGCCAUCACCGACACCGACAAGGCCGCCCUGUGCGCCAAGAUCGACGCCACAAUCACCCACCUCGCCUCGUCCUUCAGGGGAACCGACGGCGUCACGCUGCUGGCCUUUCUCGCCGCCCUGCUCCCGCGCCUCGAGCCAGACGUCCUCCCACGCAACCCCGCCUGGAUCGCGCCCGUCGUCAACUUCGUCCGCGGCCUGGUCGUCAGCCGGCCCACGGCGGCCGCCCGCGCCGCCUACACCAGCCUCGCGGCCGCGCUGCUCGAGGCGUACCCGCACGACGCGCCGAGCGCGCUCUUCUCCGCCGACGACGGCACGGGUACGGGUACGGGCACGGGUACGGGCACGGCGGCGGCCGACAAGAAGCCCUUCGCGUACCUGCUCGUCAGCCUCGCGCUGGUCGACCUACGCUCAUCACUACCAACACUGCUCGGCCAGCCGCACACGCCGCAGCACGCGGCGGCGACGCGGCGCCUGGCGUCGGCCUACGACGUCGUGUCCAACUUCAUCGGCUUCCUCAUCCGCUCGCUCGACGACGAGCACGCGCCGCUGGUCGUGCCGCCCGACUACGUGCUGCGGCUGCGCACGUCCAUCUCUGAGACCAUGUCGCUGUCGACCGAGUACCUGCGCGACCGGUGGGACGCGGCCGUGGCCGGCGCCAUGGGCCUGCAUCCGGACGCCCGACCUGGCGCUCCUUCGAAUUCCCGCCUCCCGCUCGCCUGGGACUCGCUGGCCGGGUCUGUGACUGACGACCCGCUGGUCCUGGCCGCCGUGCGCGCCCUGGCCCUCUGGCUGCGCGAGGAUGACGGCGAGCUGCUGCGCAAGGAGGCCGCUGGCCUGUCCGACAUGCUGGUCGACCUGUACCGCAGCAGCAGCACCGACAAAAAAAAGCCGCUGCUCGACUUCCGUGACCCCGUGCUCGUCGCUUUCGAGGGCAUCACGGCCGAGGACGACGGCACCGAGGCCUUCCUCGACAACGGCGGCUGGCAGGCCCUGGCCUACGACCUGGCGGGCAUCAUGGCGCAGCAGUCGGCAGGAGCUCGCCACGAUGACGACGACGAGGUAUCCGCUGCCUCGGCGCGCGGCAUCGAGGUCGUCCGGCUGCUGAUGCAUGUCGUCGAGGCCGACCCCCCCGGCCCGCGCGAGGAGUGGCUGGACAUAGUGACGAAAGUCGCGGCCUGGUAUGUACCCGACCACAAUAACCAGAACGCAUCCUCCUCCUCCACAGUGGUCGACGAGUUCCGCGCCGCCGUGCUGCAGCUCGUCGCCGCGCUGCUCGUCAACGCCCCGCCGGGCGUGCGCCGCCGCUACGUGCACUCAACGGCCGCCGUCGCGGGGCUCGCGCGCCAGCUGCGCGGCAGACUGCGCGGCGGCGGCGGCGGCGGCGGCCCCGCGGGGCUCGCAGAGUCGCUUGACGAUGUCGUGGCGACGCUGGCUGCGCUACGUUGAGAUGAGACGCGGUGCGCAGGUACGGGUAUGGAAAAGUGGGAAAUAGUGGGCUUCUAGUUUUAGCACGGCAAGAUGGAAGGCUCUUGAAGAAUAGUGUGUAUAUAUGUACAAAAAACUGGACAGGCUGGGAAAGUGAAAACGAAACAGACAAAAUAAUGAAGCAUGAAGUCACACCAAA